GUAUGCCAAGCGUCUCCAUAAGGUCGUCCGGCGGUUGGUGCCCAAUUGUGAUGUCCGAUUUCUGCUUUCGGAGAGCGGAAGCGGGAAGGGGGCUGCCAUGGUCACCGCCGUGGCUUACAGGCUGCUGUCUCAGCGGAAGCAGGUCAAUGAGGUCUUGGCUCUUUUCAAAUUAACCCGAGAGAAUCUCAUUGAGGUAAGAAACAAAAUGAGGACAGAACUGGAGUGCGGCCUGAAGAAAGAAACCCACCCAGCAGCCACCGUGAAAAUGUUGCCAACGUUUGUUUGCGGCACUCCGGAUGGCACAGGGACAGGCAGUAAUGUGUGCUAUAUGGAAGAAAUGAAACAUAUAGAAAUAAUAGAAGGAGAUGAAGGCAAAAUGUGCAUCAACACAGAAUGGGGAGGAUUCGGUGACAAUGGCUGCAUUGAUAAUUUCAGGACAAGAUAUGAUCAAGAGGUGGACUCAGUGUCUCUGAAUCCUGGGAAGCAAAAAUAUGAGAAAAUGACCAGUGGGAUGUAUUUGGGUGAAAUAGUGAGACAGAUCUUGAUAGACCUUACCAAGAGAGGACUUCUGUUCAGAGGCCAGAUUUCAGAAUCACUGAGAAGAAGGGGAAUAUUUGAAACAAAAUACUUGUCUCAGAUUGAAAGCGAUCGCCUCGCCCUGCUUCAAGUGAGAAGAAUUCUGCAACAACUCGGGCUGGAUGGGACUUGUGAUGACAGCAUCAUUGUGAAAGAAGUGUGUGGCUGUGUUUCCAAAAGAGCUGCCCAGCUCUGCGGAGCCGGAUUGGCAGCUGUUGUUGAGAAGAUACGUGACAACAGGAAACUUGAACACCUCAAAACUACCAUCGGAGUGGAUGGUACCUUAUACAAGCUACACCCACACUUUUCUAGGAUUUUGCAAGAAACGGUGAAGGAGCUGGCACCACAAUGUGAUGUCACUUUUAUGCUGUCUGAAGAUGGAAGUGGGAAAGGAGCAGCCUUAAUUACAGCAGUGGCUAAACGGAUGCACCACAUUGCUGAAAAUUAAAUUGAUCUCCCAGACCUGAAUGGGCAAGAAGGAUCAACUGUAAAAAUUCCUACACACACAGUUGUAGCACUGAUCAAGCCAAUCAGGGUCAAUUUUUGCGGUUGAUGGUCAGAAAGAACACAGGAUACAAGCCGUCAUGUCAAAACGGAUGGAGAUUUUGCCUUAUCUGGACACUGGGUCCUAAGUUGCCUGAUAUACAACACCGUAUUUCAUAUUUCUUCCUUGUGCCUAACACAAUUCAAAAUAUUAAAUGGCCAAGUUCUCUAGGUUUGUUUUAAAGAAAUCAGCUUCUUUGGAGUGUAUUUAUACAAUCCCUGCUCUUUGUCCUAACAUAGUAAUUUCUUGUUAAUGUUAAAAUAUCAUUUGUAUUGUAUAAA